AUGCUCAAGGGUAACAGAAGGCCUGCGGUUAACUCUUUGAACCAUCCGGUUGCUAUUCAUGCGGUCGGAAAGCCUGAGCAUUUCAGCAAGUCAGAGGCGUUGAAAUUUCUGUCUGAUUUCAUAGAAUCGAAGGAGAGUACGCAUAGUUUCAUGCUGAAUUCUGAGGCGAAUGAUGUUGCGGUAAGGUCUGGAGGUAUUUCUGGGGAUAUUACGGUUGAUACGAGUUUGUCUAGUGUGCUGCCUCAGUUGAAACGGAUUGAGAGGGAUUUAAAGGGCUUACCGCCUGCGAUUUUGGAGGGUACUGAACAGGGGGAGGAUGAAUAUCCUAAGAGGCUAGUGACCAAGAGUUUGACGGGUGGCACUAAGAGAAAGUUUGAGGAUGAGGAUCGAGGAACGGCUACAACCACGAUGAGUCCUGAUCCUAUAGAUGAGCAUUCGGCGCUGAGUUCUACACUUGCUGAUGAGAAUAGUGCAGAUGAGGAUGACAGUGUGGGAUCUGUUGCAAAGAAAGUAAGGAAUUAG